GCGCUCCACCGCACCCGGCGCACGGACCGGCCCCCGACGGGACCGGCGCGCCGCAGCCCGCAGCCGCGCGGCUAUGCCCGGUGCCCCCGUCCUCUCCCGGGCCCGGGCCCCGACGGCCGCGCCUUGAGAUGACUUUCCGCCACCUCCUGAGCGUCAGUUUCCAGGGACCUCGCCCGGACAGCGGCGCCGGCGGCUCCCCCACGGGCGGCGGGGGCGCGGGCGCGGGCGGCACGGCGGCCCCGGAGGGCCCGGCGGUGGGCGGCGUGCCGGGGGCCGCGGGCGGCGGCGGCGUGGUGGUGGUGGGCGCGGGCGGCGGCGACGACAACCGGAGCUCGGCCGGGGAGCCCGGGGGCGCGGGGGGCGGCGGCGCGGUGAACGGCACGGCGGCGGCCGUCGGGGGGCUGGUGGUGAGCGCGCAGGGCGUGGGCGUGGGCGUCUUUCUGGCCCUCUUCAUCCUCACGGCCGUGGCGGGCAACCUGCUGGUCAUCCUCUCCGUGGCCUGCAACCGCCACCUGCAGACGGUCACCAACUACUUCAUCGUCAACCUGGCCGUGGCCGACCUGCUGCUGAGCACCACCGUGCUGCCCUUCUCGGCCACGAUGGAGGUGCUGGGCUUCUGGGCCUUCGGGCGCGCCUUCUGCGACGUGUGGGCCGCCGUGGACGUGCUCUGCUGCACGGCCUCCAUCCUCAGCCUCUGCACCAUCUCCGUGGACCGCUACGUGGGCGUGCGCCACUCGCUCAAGUACCCUGCCAUCAUGACGGAGCGCAAGGCGGCCGCGAUCCUGGCGCUGCUCUGGGUCGUGGCCCUCGUGGUGUCGGUGGGGCCGCUGCUGGGCUGGAAGGAGCCGGUGCCGCCCGACGAGCGCUUCUGCGGCAUCACCGAGGAGGCGGGCUACGCCGUCUUCUCCUCCGUGUGCUCCUUCUACCUGCCCAUGGCCGUCAUCGUGGUCAUGUACUGCCGCGUGUACGUGGUGGCGCGCAGCACCACGCGCAGCCUCGAGGCGGGCGUCAAGCGCGAGCGCGGCAAGGCCUCCGACGUGGUGCUGCGCAUCCACUGCCGCGGCGCGGGCGCGGGCGCCGCCGACGGCGCGCACGGGGCCAUGCGCAGCGCCAAGGGCCACACCUUCCGCAGCUCCCUGUCCGUGCGCCUGCUCAAGUUCUCCCGAGAGAAGAAGGCGGCCAAGACCCUGGCCAUCGUCGUGGGCGUCUUCGUGCUGUGCUGGUUCCCCUUCUUCUUCGUGCUGCCUCUGGGCUCGCUGUUCCCGCAUCUGAAGCCGUCGGAGGGCGUCUUCAAGGUCAUCUUCUGGCUCGGCUACUUCAACAGCUGCGUGAACCCGCUCAUCUACCCCUGCUCCAGCCGCGAGUUCAAACGCGCCUUCCUGCGCCUCCUGCGCUGCCAGUGUCGCCGGCGCCGGCGCCGCCGGCCCCUGUGGCGCGUCUACGGCCACCACUGGCGGGCCUCCAGCACGGCCACCCCCGCCGUGGGCGCGCAGCCCGACGACGACGGUGAAGGCGGCGACUACCCCGGCCCGGCCGCCGCACCCCCCGGAGCCCCGCUGGCCCUGGUCGCGCCGCCGUCCGCCCCUGCCUCCCCCGACGGCGCCGCCAGCCGGCGCAAGCCCCCCUGCACCUUCCGCGAGUGGCGGCUGCUCGGGCCCUGGCGGAGACCCACCACCCAGCUGCGCGCCAAGGUGUCCAGCCUGUCGCACAAGCUCCGCCCCGGGAGCGCCGCGCCGCGCUCAGAGCGCCCUGAGGUGGAGGCCGUGUCCUUGGGUGUCCCCCAGGACGGCACUGGAGGCGCCCCCUGCGACUUGGCAGACUACAGCAACCUCAGGGAGACGGAUAUCUAAGGACCGGAG